UUUAUCUCGUGAUGCUAUUUUUAUGGAGUAGUUUUUGUGAACAAGUCUCAACUCCUAACAGCAUGGUGCUAAAAAGGCAAGGUUUUGUAUACAGACACACAAACAGAUAGACAGAGAGGUGGAUGGACAGACAUAAAGACAGACGCAUAAACACAGGCGCAUAAACACAGGGUGGGUGGGCUGACGACUGAAAAAAAAUUAUCAUUGAAAAAUGAAAAAAGGAAAAAUAAACCGAACGUUGGAAAAAAAAAUAUAUGUCAUCAGAUAAUCGAGAACUUUUAGAUUCUCCAUUCGAUCCAUUAAAAAGUUUAAAUAGUCCAUUAAGUAGUUCUCCCAAGUUUGUCGAUUGAGUUCGCCGUCAACAAAGCGUGGUUACUUUGCUUGCGCGGGCAGGGCAGGCCGAAACCACAAGGGCUCCCGCGCGUUGACCCAAAAAACUCAGUCGCAUAGUUAUAUACCAUUUUUCUAUACCUUAGCCCCCAGCCCUUCCCCCUUUACGUUGCCUGACAGUUCGAUGUACCGACAAACACACAAAUGGACAGACAGACACUAAAACAGGACAAAUAGACAGAAAGAAUCGCACACAAAGACAACUUACAGCUAGUAUUAUUAGAGGUGAAUGACAUUCGUGAUGAACUACAUUCGUGUUUAUUGGACUGAAAUCUUAAUACUUUGUGGAGAAGUUUAUUGUAUAUUGAUUAAAUAUUACUGGCUUAAAGACGCAUUAUCAGUUUUUCUUCCGGUCGAUUACGUAACAAUCUCCGAUGAUUUUUAACGCGAAAAAGAUUUCAAAAUUGAAAAGAAGUGUGUCUAUGGCCUGAUGGCCUGUUAAAGUGCGCGAAUUCUAAAAGAUUCUUUUGUCUCUGUCGGUUGAGGUUUCCGUCGGCCCUCCGGAAGUAAACCGGUGAUAUUGCGACUUUAGAUCACGACUUAAUUAAUGUGGGUGUUUUUUUUUUGUAAUAGAUACUGAAGCUGAGCGCAAUGCAUUGAUGCUCAAAACCAUUCCCAAACUCAAGCUUUUUUGCCAAGAGAAAGGUUACGAGUUCCAGGUAAGCGAAAGUAUAUAUAUUUUUCGUUUUUUCGCAGAGCCACAAAAAUUCAAUCAAUUUUCAAUUCAGUUAAUUUUCAAAGAUGCUAUUCUUUACAGAAAUAAGAAAGGCCGGUGACAACAAUGAUUUCCUAUAUACUCGAAAUGACUGAAAAACAUUGUCAAACGUGACUUACUAAGUCAAACGUAACUUAGUAACUUACAGCAAACAAAAUAUCAAGUCCGACUUUUUUUAAAUUGAUGCUACUUUUUGUAAAGUGUCAUUAAAAUUUGAGCUUUUCGUCCCUGAACUUAUACACAGGGUAUGAUGCUCAAGGAAAAAUUAAAGAGCUGCUCAUAUUCAUACAGGUGUAAUCUCUAUUGCCUUUUCCAUGAUUCAGGUUGUUGAUAUGUGCUGGGUUGUCCGCGAACAGUCCGCCGAUAACCACCCGACGGUUGAUCUGUGCUUGAAUGAGCUAAAAGCUUGUCUCUCAUCUCUAUUUCUAAGUCAUGCCUUUCUCAUGAUUUAGGUUGUUGAUAUGCGCUGGGGUGUCCGCGAACAGUCCGCCGAUGACCACACCACGGUUGAUCUGUGCUUGAAUGAGCUAAAAGCUUGUCUCGCAUCUCACACGACGGUUGAUCUGUGCUUGAAUGAGCUAAAAGCUUGUCUCUCAUCUCUAUUUCUAAGUCAUGCCUUUCUCAUGAUUUAGGUUGUUGAUAUGCGCUGGGGUGUCCGCGAACAGUCCGCCGAUGACCACACCACGGUUGAUCUGUGCUUGAAGGAGCUCAAAGCUUGUCAGCAAUUGUCGACAGGACCAAACUUUGUGACUUUUCUUGGACAAAAGUAUGGAUUUCGUCCCUUUCCUCCACGAAUUCCCGGAGAUGAGUUUCUGCAAAUCGCCGCUGCCCUAGAAAAUGAACAUGAUCGCAGUCUAAUCGAAAAAUGGUUUAAAUGCGAUUUCAACGCUGUGCCACCAGCAUAUAUGUUGCAGCCAAUCAGCUCUUGUCUCCCUGAUUACCUGAGUCACGACCGGGAUAAGCGGAGUAAAGCCUGGGAGGAAUGGCAGCUUGUGUUUGGAAGGUUACAACACGUGCUAAGGGGCGCGGCGCGGCACGUGCUUAAAGACGAUGAGCAGAUACACAAGUACUUUAUGUCUGUGACCGAAAGUGAAAUCCGUCAAGGCAUCCUGGCCUCUGCGGACCCGGCGCGCGAGUGCUGCUGGUUCUCGCGUAACAUCCGGGACUUGGAGAAACACGUAGCAGAUGGACGAGCCCACCUUUUUAUAGAUACGACAAGAGAAGGUGAUGUGGAUCUAGAAGCUCAAAGGCUGCUGGGAAAUCUCAAGAAAGAUCUGCUUCAUUGUUACCUUCCUUUGGACAAUGUCAAGACCUAUGACGUCACCUGGUCACGUGAUGGAAUCUCUCCAAAUUUAAAUAACGAACACAGGGCUUACAUCGAGAGAAUGUGCGAAGACGUCCAGAUUGUCCUACAGCAUUUAAUCACAAAUGCGAUCGAGAGACGCAACUCUUCAGAGGUAACAGACCCAAUGUUCGAAGAAGCCCUACAACAUCUAUCCUUCUGUCAAUCAAAAUGCGAGCAGUUCUACGGUCGAGAAGAUGUACUCCUAAGCUGCAGACUGAUUCUGAGUGUGAACAAGGUUUGGUAUGAGGAGGAUGGGGAAAAACACUGCGCAGAAAAUGGCUCAACACCGACAGGGCGAAAGACUCUGGGCAAAAAAUCGGUCCAUACUAAUAGGGCUUUUAUUAUAGACAAGGGUACUGCUGAUACAAAGAAUCACAACAAAUCGACAAGUCAGGGGAAAGAGGUCAAAUCAAAUAGUUUGAGAUCCCCAGGAAAGUCCAAAGUUCAUCCCAAAGAGAACUCGUCCCCAGUUGUUGAGGAACGACCGGCAUUGCAGGUCAGCGGCGAAGACAUGCGCAGCUAUGACGUCUUGGAUGUAUGUCGUAACAGGCCACUGGUUAUCUAUGGCGAGUCAGGGUGUGGAAAGACGUCAGUGGUUUCCAUGGUAGCCAUGAGGUCACGUGAGUGGCUGAGAGGGGAUACCUGUGUCGUCGUGCGGUACAUAGGUACCACUCCUGAUUCGUCGCUUGUGCGUCUUCUCGUGAGGAGUGUUUGUCAGCAGAUCUGCGCGGUUUACGAGAAAGACCCUUCUUUCAUUCGAAAUGACAUCAAAGAGCUCAAGGAAGACUUCAUCCGCUGUUUGCGCAUGGCAACUGUGGAAAGACCGCUGCUUAUAGUGCUUGACUCACUGGAUCAGCUAAGCGCCGAGGACGGGGCACGUCAGUUGUCAUGGUUACCGAUGACAUUACCCGAUCAUGUCCACCUCGUAGUGUCCACGAUACCGGAAGUAAAGUAUGAGUGCUUCCCGGUACUGAAGGCCUUUUUACCUCCUGAGUCAUUUGUUCUGGUUCCCAAACUUCCCCAAAAAGACGCGGCAGAAAUCCUGGUCAGCUACCUGCGAAUGGAGCAUCGCACGUUGUCCACUGACCAGCAGGAUAUAGUACAGCAGGCUCUACAAGAGUGCUCGCUACCAAUCUUUGUGCGUGUUGCGUUUGACGAGGCUAUACGAUGGAAGUCGUAUUCACCGUUGGAUGAGACUGUAUUACAGCACACUGUGCGAGGCGCCAUUAACUCUCUGUUUGAGCGUGUGGAGCGGCAACAUGGUCACGUGCUCGUGUCACGUGCGCUUGGGUACGUAACCGCUGCCAAGAGCGGGCUCACAGAGACUGAGCUCGAAGACCUGCUAUCAUGUGACGAUUUCGUGCUCGAUGACGUGUACCAGUACUGGACUCCCCCGGUCAGACGCAUACCCCCCCUGCUCUGGGUCAGAAUAAGGCAGGACCUCGAAAGCUAUCUAGUGACCAGGGGGGCCGAUGGUGCUCAGGUGGUCACGUGGUAUCACAGGCAGUUCAUUGAAGCGGCUCAGGCAAGGUAUUUGAAUAAAAAGAACGAGACCCUACAGCUGCACCACAACCUGAGCGACUACUUUCUCGGCCGAUACUCCAAUGGUAUUAGGAAGCCCUACACUACCCCUGAAGGGAGAGAGACAGCCGCUGACCGCUUGGUAGCACCGCAGCCGCUAGUCUUCGAGUCGACCACAGGAAAACCGAAAUACAAUUACCGGAAAUUAAACGAGUUACCGUACCAUCUGGUGCAUGCGCAGGAGCUCGAAACAUCCAAGGAUUGUGUUCUGUGUAAUUUUGAGUUCCUGCUUACAAGCCUUGAAGCGUCAUCGCUCAGAGACGUUCUUGAUUACUUUGACCUUGCCCUGACACAAUGGCCUGAGGAUCAAGAUAUUACACUAGUCAAGGAAACCCUUCAGCUCUCAGCCUACGCGCUAACUCAAUACCCUGCUCAACUACCCUCACAGUUGCUAGGUCGUAUCCAAAAAUGCGAUUCGCGCCACUUGACGACACUUCUGCAUCAGGCAACGAGGUGCUCACGUGCCAGCCUCGUGCCUUCCACGUGUUGUCUGACGUCACCCGGCGGGCCCAUGGUGCACGCGCUGACGGGGCAGACUAGAUCCAGUACCGCUAUGACCGCGAGCGACGAUGGGAGCCUCGUAGUGAGUGCCUCUUCUGAUAACUCGGUCAACCUUUGGAAUGUUGCAACGGGGAGACUGGUGCGUUCUAUUGAGAAGGCUGGUGAAAAUAUUUCAUCUGUGCUCGUUGCUAAGGACAACACCCUUAUUGUUUCCACAUGCCCCGGAUGUGUGUCUGCGUGGAGAGUCUCAACAGGUCAGCGGAUAUUCCGCAUCGACACGAAUGGCGACUGUGCCCCGAUAACCACCGUUACCCAUGGAAACGAGUCGCAUCUAGUCACGGUAGUGGCAUCUAGUAUCAGAAUUAUCGACCUCGAGACAGGAGCUAUAAUACAGGAAUUCAGAGACGAGAAAUUGAGACCAGAAAUAGGCGCGCACAUGACCAUGGGUACCACCGGAAGUAGACUGCUGUACACUGGGUUGCGUCUCGAGGAGGAUUCUGGGAGGCUGAUACGAGCACUGGAUUUGAAAUCAGGAUACAUUUCUACGGUUUUGCGGUUGGACGAAAGUGUUACGUCAAUGGAAGACUUAAUCGGGAUAACUGCUGACGGAUCACUGCUUCUGUCCAAGAGUCGAGGUGGAAACCAAAGACAAAGAACUCAGAGUGCGGGUCAGGCAUUAACAUUUAUCCUUGAGCUCUGGAGCCUAGAAAAGCAAUCGCGCAUGCGUACGAUAUGUAACCAUGGCGACCGAGUGAGAUGCUUUUCCUUAUCUAGCGAUAAAAAGAAUUUAAUCGCUCUUUGUGACAGCCGUUUUCAGGAUAGUACUAAUGUCUUUCGGGGAAAAGUCAAGAUUGUCGAUCUUGCGAGCGGUGAUUCUACGGACAGUUAUCUCUCUUACCCUAGCAACAUCAACUUCAUUUCGUAUAUAGAUGGCAAUCAUUUUAUCAGCUCCUCAAACGACAAGCUUCUUCGAAUUUGGGACCUAAAAAGGAACCAAGCCUCCACAGAAAACCCAACAGAGGUCGAGAUAUACGAGAGGGAAAUCGUCUCUAGCCGUGACGAUCUCGUAACUUUUAACGGAAGUGGAAUGACUGGCAUUUUGAACGCGCAUACCGGAAGUGAAAUUCGCUUUGUUAAUGGCAGCACGCCGCAGAUGCUAAUCGUGGAUGUUGCUCGUGUCAUCAUAGCUGAUGAUGAUAAGAUGUUUUUGUACGAUUUGGAGAAUAGAGCCAAGGUGUUGGAUUUCGCGGGAGCUACUCGUCCCGAUAACCUCAGGUGCUUUUUCGUGUGCAAGCAGUCGUUGCUCGUGUGCAUUGCGCAAGACCGAAAGUCCAUGGAUGUUUAUGACGUCGUAUCCGGAAACAAGUUGUCUCACCUGAUGGCCCAGAGCGGAGACACAGAGAUUGCAUGGUUCUCGCACAGUUCUGACGGGCGCUACUGUGUAACUGCGCAUGCUCCAGAAUCCAAGCCCACAUUGAUUUAUGGGUACACAGUAUGGAACGUGGAGUCGAGUGCCCUCGUGCAAACACUAGUAUUCGACAUGGAACAGUUUAUCGAAUUUCAAGACCUUGAAAUCUCUCAUGACGGGAACUACGUCAUGCACAUCGUUUGCACCGCCAACAGUCGUCUCUACCAAGCACGAAUCUACGACGUCACUUCCGGUAACGUCUUACACUGCCCGGAAACGGAAGUCCACGUUCACGAGGCCUCAUUUACCGAAGACGCCGCAUUCUUUUUAUUAGGUCUAAUGGAUGGGAGUCUGCAGUUGUAUGAUAUUACCAGCGGUCUGCUACUUUUCAGCUUGCGCGCGCAUAGUGGAGCUAUUCAUAGAAUUUUUACAAGUGAAACUGUUAAUGUUGUAAUGACUACCGCGGGGGGACUGGACUCAAAGGAUCGCUCUGUUCGCCUUUGGAAAAUCAGUGACCAGCGAAUCUCCCAACUUACAGUUUUCACGCCAGAUGCCAAAAUUUCCUCGUUGGUGUUUACUUUCGGUGGUCGGGCCGUUGCCAUGGAGAUAACGGAUAUUGUGACUUUCCAAUUGGUCGACCAGGAUACCUUUGUCUCGUGUGACGUCACGCAUAGUAAUGACGCUAUUAGAGGUAGUUUUGUGGUCGAUCUAAAGGAGCUGUAGGGAAUUCUCGCGAAAACAUAAGCUUUUUUAAACCCCUUAUUUUCUGCUAAAAAUCGAGAAAUUCGCAAUGAAAGGUUCAAAAGAAAAGAUUUUAGCAUCAUGUAUCGUAAACUUGGGAGCGUCUUCGCCCGUGGUAACCUUUUUAACUACAAAAAACCUUUUUUACUACGUAACAAUAGUACAAAAACCUUGUAGUUAGAAGAUAUAACCAUAUCUACCUACCCUUUUUCUAUUUUUAUGUUUAAAGAUGUUUCAUUACAUUUGUUUUUAUAUGAUAUGAUUUAUUAUUAUUAUUUAACCAAAUGAUUUUUAAAGGGAGUUAAGAAUAACAAGACGCCAUUUUUCAUACCGCCAUUGAAAUCAAACGCUUGCUUCUUUAUUUUUGUUCUGACUCGAACUUAGUGGAAGAAAAAAUACUAAUCAAGGCUAAUAAUAAUUAAUAUAAUGUUAAUUAGUAAUUAUAAUAUUUUAUGCAAAUUGUAUUAAAAAUUUAUACAUUUUUAUACACUGUGAAAAUGCAUAAUUUAACUGGUAAAAAAUGUCGUAUUUUUCGUUUUGCUUCCCGAAUUCUUUAUCGGUUGUGACUUUGGUGUUGGUGUUGGCGAGGGACUGCGUGCUGGUGUCCAUAAUUAUUACAUAAAAAGAAAAGAUAACAAAAUGAAAAGAUAACGAAAUGGAAAGAUAACAAAAUGAAAAGAUAACGAAAUGGAAAGAUAACAAAAUGAAAAGAUAACGAAAUGGAAAGAUAACAAAAUGAAAAGAUAACGAAAUGGAAAGAUAACAAAAAGAAAAGAUAACGAAAUGGAAAGAUAACGAAAUAGAAAGAUAACAAAAUGAAAAGAUAACGAAAUGGAAAGAUAACGAAAUGAAAAGAUAACAAAAUGAAAAGAUAACGAAAUGGAAAGAUAACAAAAAGAAAAGAUAACGAAAUGGAAAGAUAACGAAAUGGAAAGAUAACAAAAUGAAAAGAUAACGAAAUGGAAAGAUAACGAAAUGGAAAGAUAACAAAA